GCCCCGUCCAACGUCGGGGACUAUCCACACUUGUAUACUGGCGAGGAUUUGCCCGUUACAGUGCGGCCCGUGGUAUCGUACGAUCCGUGCGUGUUCGGUGACUCGAUCGAUCGAGAACGAGUUGCGAUUAACGCGAGUGUGUUCUUCGAUAGCCGCGCUGCUUCUCGCCAUGGAUCUCGACUCGAUGCGUUCGAAACGGUCGCGAUCCUUUUGCUUUCCAGAUUCUGUGUUUCAGUGAUAAAGCGUAACGUAUUCGUGGUGUGUUCGCUGUACGCAACGGCGACGAUCCCGGCCUCGUUUCGUGUAGUGCAUGGAGCGUGUGUGUGCCUGCAUAUGUACGCGAGCCUGUGUGCGUGUGUGUGUGUGCCUGUGUGAAACGCGACCGAAGGAAUCGACAAAUAGUCGCGCUGCAAGACGAAAGGUCUUCGCGUUUCUUCGCGUGUUCUCUUGGGAGAAUUCCAACCGAGUGACUGACUGACUGGCCGUGUACUGAUUCCCCGUCAGGGUAAAUCAUGCUCACCCAGAGGCGAGUGAAGUAAUACCGGAAAUACAGUCACGGCGAAGUUAGAGAGACCGGUGUAGCUCUUACAACCGGGGAUGGUCAUCGUCGUUCGAUAAGUUAGAAGGAAAGAAAGUUGCUUACAGUCGAAUUACACGAAAACGAGGGGGGGCCCGUCCAUGGGAUAGUUCAUUCUCCCCAGCGUUAUUAGCCGUUCGUUAUUAGCUAUCGUGUCCAAAACAAGAGUAUACACACACACACACGUACACGCACAGGAAGAGGAAUAGAGAACGAAUGAGCGAGCGAGAGAGAGAGAGAGAGAGAGAAACGCGUCAGGUCACGAAAGAACGUGCGAUCGAAGCGAGAAUAAGGGAAAGAGAGGGAGAGAAAUCGGGACAAGGGAAACGGCGAAAAUAAGAGAGAACCGAAAUAUCGGUGUAGUUCGCACAGCUUCCGGGCUUCGUGGGUGUUUUUACGCGUACGCCGUGGAUCGAUAGUUGUCUCGCGAGCUCUGCUCGACGGGUGGUCCCCGCGACACGAUUUUCCUUAAAUAAAUAAUUUUUCGAUUUCAUAAGAGAAGGGGGGGGUAAGCAAUCGAGUCGCGCAAAGAAUCCUAAAGAAAGGUAUCCUGGUAUCGUUCGACAGGGGGAUCCAAAAGGAGUUGGAAAGGGAUAUCCUCGAUACGAUCGGCAGGAUACUCGUGGAUCCUGGAACUACGAUUUAUGGGGGACUUUAGCGCGGCGAGUCUCUUCUCUUCGAGUAGUAGUCAAUUGUCAACCACGGGCAAAUCGUCGAUCGGGCAAAUCAACGCAACCAGCAAUACCAACGUGGCCGCGUUACAAUCGACGACGUCCACGACGAUGCAGGACGAUCUGUUGAUCGAGAAGCAAAGCGCGGGUGGGAAAACGGCGCCCCUGUCCCCUGGGAGCACGGGCUUGGAAACGGUCGGCGGUGGCCGCGAGGAGAAGGCGGCGAAAGACGGGGUCGAGGUCGAGGGUAUCCCCAUCACGCCGACGACGCCCUCCUCGGGCACGGAGAAGGAGAUCGCGUGCAGCACGAGCUCGGCGUUGCAGAGUUUCACGGAGGGCGGCAGGGUGCCGAGCCUGUGGUCCUCGGCCCCGGACGAGACCGGGCUGCACGCGUUGCCCGUAAACGGGUCCAUCGCCGCCUUCCAGAACUUUCCGACCGGCGGCCCGACCGGCUUGUUCGCCGGCACGGGGCCGGCCGGCGCGCGCCGCGCUAUCACGGCCAGCCACAAUUUCCCGCAACAGCACGGGACCGCGACCGCCCCCACCGCCAGGCACGGCGGCCUUCAAGUAUCGUCCGCUCAACAACAGCAGCAACAACAGCAACAGCAGCAACAGCAACAACAGCAGCAACAGUCGCAACAGCAGCAGCAACAGCAGCAGCAUCAACAGCAACCGGCAGCUACCUCGCAUCCGGGUGUUUACCUUCCUGGGAAGGGGUACGCGGCUUGGUCAGGUGGGCCGCAAGCGCCUCAGCAAUGGAGCGCUGGGCCGCAAGCUGCAGCGGUGGCGAGCCCCGGCCUCUCGCCCUGGAACCGUGGCAGAUCGGUGCCGAAUCUUCCUCCCCUGCACUCGUCCCUGCACGCAGCGGCCGCGGCAGCGGCCGCGGUCGGAUUGCAAGGAAGGAAACCGAGUCCCACGUUUCCCGGCCACCCGGGGCCGGCUGCUCAUCCCUCCUGCAUCAGCCCCGUUAAGUUUCGAAGGAGCACCUCGUAUCCCGGCAAGGGUAACAUGUACCCGCCCCAACCCGCACCGACCUUCGAAGUCACCACCGCAGAGGAAAGGGAUUUGUUACAGCUGCCGCCGUUCCAGCAGGAUCGCAUGACAGCUAAUGGAAACUCACCACUGGACAAUAUGAGAACGUUAGAGCAUUAUUUGAGCGACAUUAUGCGGGCUGGUACAGCAGAUACUCCGGAACACGUGAAAGGAUACAUGAACUGCAAUGCCAGCACGCUGCAAUCGCUCACGCAACUGCACGGCAAAUCACCGUUCUUCCCGAGUUUGGAGGAUCAGAGCGGCACGCUGCUAGAGGAUCCUAACGCGCCGAGCCAAUUGGACGGCGUCGGUGGGGUCGGGGUCGGGGUCGGCGUCGGUGUUGGAGUCGGGGUCGGAGUUGGUGUGGGUGUCGGCGUGGGCGUCGGUGUUGGGGUCGGCGUCGGUAGCGGAAUAACUGGAUCUCAGACGGCACCGCUUUCCUCCCCCAGUCGGAGCAGUCCUCACAGUCAAGGCAGUGAAACCGGAGAACGCUUCUCCAGGAAAGUGUUCGUCGGCGGCCUGCCACCGGACAUCGACGAGGAGGAGAUCAAAGCGAGUUUCCGCCGUUUCGGAUCGUUGGUGGUCGAUUGGCCUCACAAAGCUGAAAGUAAAUCUUACUUUCCACCGAAGGGCUACGCUUUCUUGCUUUUCCAGGACGAAGCGUCCGUGCAACAGUUGAUCGACGCCUGCAUCCAAGACGAAGAGAAACUGUAUCUGUGCGUCAGUUCGCCGACAACGAAAGACAAACCGGUCCAAAUACGGCCGUGGCGAUUGAGCGACGCGGAUUUCGUGCUGGACGCCUCGAUGCCUUUGGAUCCACGGAAAACGGUAUUCGUCGGUGGUGUCCCGAGACCGUUGAAAGCUGUCGAGCUGGCGAUGAUCAUGGACCGACUUUAUGGGGGCGUGUGCUACGCCGGUAUCGACACCGAUCCCGAGUUGAAGUAUCCGAAGGGAGCUGGUAGGGUCGCUUUCAGCAAUCAGCAAAGCUAUAUAGCUGCCAUAUCGGCCAGAUUCGUUCAGUUACAGCACGGCGACAUAGACAAGAGAGUCGAGGUCAAACCGUACGUUCUGGACGAUCAAAUGUGCGACGAGUGUCAGGGACAACGUUGCGGUGGCAAGUUCGCGCCGUUCUUUUGCGCGAACGUUACCUGCCUACAGUACUAUUGCGAGCACUGUUGGGCGACGAUUCAUUCACGGCCGGGUCGAGAAUUUCAUAAGCCGUUGGUGAAAGAGGGUGCAGAUCGACCUCGAACCGUGCCGUACCGCUGGUGUUAACCCCAGCUGCGUUGUCCCUAAUUAUCUCGCAACCCUAGCUAAUUAACUACCACUUCUACGUACCAACUCCUCCUCCUCCUCCUCCUCCUCCUCCUCAUCCUCCCAUCUACUCUCCUACCGCUGUCACCCACCCUGCCAUUCAAUCGAGAACCCCCCCACCCCCCACUCCCUGGCCCGUCCAUCACCAUCCCAUGCUCGCAUACCUACCUGCCUUCGGGCACAGGCACAGCCCGAGAAACCGUUAUUACCGCUACUACCCACUACUGAUCGUCGGUACUAUCGCUAUUCUACUACUGUCGCUAUUAUCGCUCUAUUUACCAUUACUAUUACCCACACACGCUCUAUUAUCGAAACCAUCACGAUUUAUUAUUAUUAUUAUUCCACUAUGAGUUUAUUUUUACUCUCCGAUCCAUUGCUACUUGGACGUGUUUACACGGCGUGCGCUAUAACCCAAUCAGACAUCGCCGAGACCACGGCCGAGAAAUAUAUCAUCGUCGUACCCCACCGCAGCCGCAGCCACAGCCAUCGUCGCGCCACCGUGCUCCAACAUAUACCGACCGGAAUAUACCGUCUCGACGAAACGCAUCGCACCGGACUCUUCCUCACCGACGACAACUUUCACCGACUUUCGUCUCCACCACCAAGUUUGUUGUAUCGUGCCGCGUGUACAAGUGCGUGGUAACACAGCAUACAUACAUAUAUACAUAUACACACACCGAACCGCCCACGAGAGGAGAGCAGCGGUUUAGCAGCGGAGGGAGGGUUGCUGAUCGACGACCGAUACAGCAGCAGCAGCAGCAGCUCGUCGUCGAUGGGACGGACGGGGCAACGGCGUGAGCGAGCUGAUUCCUCGAGCGGGAGAGAAACAAUGGAACGAGGUCGAGAAGAGACGAAGAGAGAGAGAGAGAGAGAGAGAAAGGGAGCGACGUCGAGGACAGAAGAAGAAGAAGAAGAAGAAGAGGAAGAAGAAAGAACAACGCGGAGCAUCGCCCUUCCCGACCGACCGAGAUGGAGCAUGCGUUAGUUACCGACAUCUAUAUCGAUCCACGCGUGUACACAGAUGCGUAUUUAUGUAUGUACGUAUAUGUAUACACGCGUGUAUUUAUCUAAUAUAUAUCUAUAUAACAUAGGUAUUAUAAAUUCGUACGUAAAGUGGCCACGAUUCGCGGCUCUCUCUCUCUCUCUCUCCCUCUCUUUCUCUCUGUCUCUCUCUCUUUCUCUUUCACUCAGUCUUUCGCGUCGAGCGGGAAGCGAAAGAGAGUUUCGAGUCGCGGUCCGCGCUCGCUAAUCGUCGACGUGAUCGUAGAGCGGGAAGACACGUUCCAGGAGUUUCCUCCUCACCUCCGUUCCUCGCCCCGUUCGCUCGUCCCUUCUCCAGCGGCGUUGGAUCGAUCGAUUUGAAGAUCGGUCGCGCGUUGCGGAGCAAGCGAUAAGCGAAGAAGUGAAGAAGAAUCGUUCUCCGCACUCCUGCGAUUUGCCGUGAUGCUUCGGGAAACGGUGAAACGAAACUCUUAAUCUCCUCCCCUGAUUCUUCUCUCUUCUACUUCUACUUCUUCUUGCUCUUCUUCCUCUUGUUCUUCUUCUUCUUCUUCUUCCUGCGAUCACACUUUUCGUCACACUUUUCGAGACUCUUCAACGGCCAGAGGCAAAGAAGGAAAAUCGGAGAACGGGGGGAGGGGAGGGGAGGGGAGGGAAGGGGGGGAGAACGGAGCGCCAGGGCAGUAGUUGUCCCUUCCUUUCGUCGAUCGUUCGGCGCCACCUCGAUUGUGACACGUAGUCGAAGGAGGGAGAUAGAAAAUUGGGAAUUGAGCAACGCCAAGUGUGAAACGCUGAAGCGGCGAGCAGCUUGCUUCCUCUCCUCGAUGAAAGGAUGCGGCCGGAUCGUUUUCCGGAAAUCGGGGCCGGUACGUGUACGAUUAAAAUGUACGUGUGUGAACGUGAUUCGAAAUGGGAUAAGAGGUGAUAGCGAGUACCUGAUUUGAUCGACGCGAAACUUUAAGAUUGGUGGAGCAUGAGAGAGAGAGAGAAAGAGAGAGGGAGGAAGGGAGAGAGAAAGAGAGAGAGAAAGAGAGAGAAUGAGCGAAUGACUGGCGGAGAAAGAUGAAGGAAACUCGUGUACGAAUGAGAGUAUGCGUGAACGAAUGAGGAGAAGAGAGGGGAAGGAAAAGAUGGGAAGGGCAGGAAAAUAAAUAUUGGGGAAAAGAAAAAUGGUGGCUGGUGGAUAAACGCGUAAAAGUGGUAUUAAUAAUUAUAACGAAAGAGUUGGAAGGUGAAAUCUUAGGUAAUGGAAAACAUCCACGCUUCGAACCGCUGUAUAUUAGACGAUUAUCUGUAUCACACAAUCUUUAGCUUUUAAGAAAUUAUUGGAUAUGUCGGAUAGGUGCGUUAUAUAUAUACAUACAUACAUACAUACAUACAUACAUAUAUAAAACACAAGCACACACAUAUACACACACAUACAUAUAUAUAUAUAUAUAUAUAUAUAUAUAUACACUCGCGUUUAUCGCGACUCGCGCUCCUAGGCAAAAUAUAUUGAGCGAAACGAACGAUUUUUUACCGAUUAACUUGUUCGAGUGCGGGGCAUAAUAGUGAACAAAAAAAAGUAUCAUGAGAUAAAAUGGGAAGAGUGGAUGGAAAGGUGGUAGUGAAGACGAAGAUGGCGAACAAGUGUGGAUAGAGGGCAGAAAAAAUUCAAGAGUGUAGAGUAGAGGCGAGUGAAUGUGUGAGCGUUUGUUUCCAUGCGCAUGCGUGUAAGGUGGAAGCGAGAGAGAUUGAUCGAGAGAGAAUAAGAAGGAAGAGGAAGGAUGAACAGGGGGCUUAGAGAGGCGAAGUAGAGAGAGAAACGGGAUUCAAACGGACGUUGAAAUGACGAUUAGUCUAAUUCGCGCGGUUGCGCGUUAAGUAUCACGUUUAACCGUACCAGAUCCUCAGCCAAUACUUGAAAUCUUUUACCGAGCGACCUUUUCAAAAGAAAGAUAAGAUAAAGGAAAAAGAAAGAAAAGGGGAAGAAGGAAGAAGGGAGAUAAACGAGGAUCGUACCUCGUACCAGACUGUUACUCGUUUUCAGAAGAAGAAAAAAAAGAGAGAGAGAGUACAAAAUGAAAUGAACGGUCGCGUCGAAAGUCAAGGAAAAAGCACCAAGAAGUGAGAGCAAAGAUGGUUCGAUCUCGCGAUCGAAGAAGAAAGAAAAACGAGUCAAAGGGGACUAAUUUCGGCCGUGAAUCUGGAAAAACGAUCAUUGAGAAAGAAAAAAAACCUGGUUGAAACGUAAAAUGAUUCUACGUACCUGGGCCUCCGCGUUUCUUUUUUGUCGAAUAACGAGCGGUGAAUAACGUCUCUCCAGUGGAUCUAAAACGCUAAAACUACAUGAAACGAGUCAACCGAGAAACGGGGGAAAAAAAAAAAAAGAAAAGAAAACGCUCUC